ACCUUGAGCGCGCUAUGUCGACUGUCGAGGCCUUCCAGACGGUGCGUGGGGUCUUGUCGCGCUUCCUGCAGGCCGUCACCAUACUCGUAGACAAACUGCGGCUCCACCACUCGUCAACACCUGACAAUAACGCCGUGCUGCCGGCCGUCCUGUCGGUGCCCGGUGCGCACGAGCAGUUUGUGGCCAUCAACGUCACCAAGAUCCACCACAUCCUUGACGAUAUGCUCGAGCAGCUCAGGCGCUUUUCCAAGCAGCACCCACAUGACAAGUUCCAGCGACUGGCCGAGCGAAUCGAGACAACGGCGAACCGGGCGCUGCUGUUGGGCACUGGUGCCGCCCCAUUGUCGGAUGAUACUGUGGCCGGUGACCCCUGUGUGCUGCUGCGUGUGUCGCGAGCGGCGUUUGGUGUACUGGAUGUGUGUGAGGGGGCAAAUGAGGCCAUCAGCAGCAUCCGUGCCGGCCUGCCGAGCGACCUGGGCGCUGUUGAUGCGGCGAAUGGUCGACUGAGCGGGUUAAUUGGCGAGGGGGGACAGCAGGACAGGAUAGUCGAUGAGGCCAGGAAGGCUUUGAUGGGGGAGAAGGAGCGGACGGCAGGCACACAAGGGUAGAGAGAGA